AUGGCACCUUCGACACCCCCAUCAUCAUCAUCGUCGUCACAAUCGCGGAGGAUAGGAUUGCACGAGAGGUCGGAGUCGGAAAAGAACAAGCUGCAGAUUCGCAUCGUGCCCUACUCACCACCCAGGUUGGCUGAAGGCGAAGCUAGUGGCAGCAAGCCUCAUGCGGCGGAACCGGAAAUAGGGGAGGAUGGCGCCCGACUUGCAACUAAUAACCCAGCAAUCACUACACCGAGGACGGCAAAAACUACGGCCUAUCGAUCAGAAAGUCAGCGCGCCGACUCAUCGCCUUCACUAUUUUCAACGCCUGCCACGCCGUCGGUAAGGCCCAAGGGUAGAGGCGUUUCAGGGCCGAAACUCGCUUCCGACUCGUCUGCCCUCGAGAGCGCUACCCCACCAUCCCCUGUCAUUAACAGGCCUCCUUAUGGUACCAAUAGUAGGCGUAUUAAUCGAUCACAGCCAUCGCACCACGAUGGCGGGCCAGCUUCGCCAUCGUGGAAGCCCUCCGUAUCCAGAAGAGAAAAUUACAUCAAUGUCCACGCAGACAAGACCUUCUCCGUCGUUUUAAGGCCUACGCGACCACACAAUUCCGACAGGUCGGAUUCGAGUCUCAAAUCAGCUCCUUUUUCUAACACGUCGACCAUUAGCUCGCAUGAAGGGAGCUCGUUUGAUGCGUCAACUGAAGAUCGACACGGCUCCCCGUUGAGCUCAGUGCCUGAGCGCAGCGUGUCGCCCUACACAUCGACAGGUUCAUCCUCGAUAGCCACGGUAUUGCCUGAAGAGCCCGUUGAGUCUUCUCCCUGGAGUCAUCGCAUGGUCGGUGGCUUGCGCAAGGUCCCUAAUCCGUCGGAGUUCAAAAAUAAAGGCAAAAGCAAGGAAGUCGUCGACGCAGCGCUACCACCACUGCCAGAAUCCGCUCCUACGUCGCCGCAGCGCUCCCCUCUCGCGACGAAGCAAUCGUUCAAUUCUGAGCAAAGCGAUUCUACCAUUGACGAAACAACGAAUUACAGGGUAAUCGGCCGCAGCUCUCCGCCUUUGCUAGACUCGGAAAGCAUCGAGGCGCCGCCAUCAUCAAGCAGCUCAAAUUACAUGCUUCUCGGCCAAUCGUCCCCUCCUCGGCUUCCCGCCUCGUCUCCGGCUCCGGAAGUUGCCGACACGCCGGCAAGCAAGAACUACAUUGUCUACGGCGAGCCCUCGCCGUUUUCGUCGCCGAUCAGCCCUGCUCGAUCGCAUCGCUACCGGUCUUCCGACGAGAGCUCAUCCCGACAGGUGCGGCAGAAGUACUCUCAGGAGAGCCUCGUCGUGCCUCCGCUCAGGCCACACAAGAGAUCAUCCUCCGAGAACCUCGGCCGCUAUAAUAGCCAGCUGUCAAAAGAAUCCCUUCGAGGUCGGGCCAACUCGUUCUCCUCUCUCUCGAGCAUAGUUACUCAGGAUACGUCGUCUCUGAUCAUUGCUACCGCAAACGUUGUCCAUCUGAACUACACACCUUCCAUAUCGUCCGUUCCACGAUCUACAUGGGUAGGCCCUUCCAACGUCGCGCAGCAACGACCACGGAUGGAUACGCAUCAAUGGAGCUCACAGCUCUCGACUGUGCUUUCCGAGGACGAGGCCAGCUCUCCUGGCUCACGCGUCGUAUCGAUAGGUUCGGGUCACGAUCGAGGUAGCAGCGCUUUUGGCAGCGGGAAUAGCAGACAGAUCCGAAGCUUAUCAUCGUCGCUAGCGGGUUUGGAAGAAAAUUUGGAACGUCGAGGCUCUCGCUCACGGUCUAAUUCCCGGCCCGAUUCCCUAGACCGACCAAUGCCCGCCUAUAUGAGGGGUGCAAGAGAGUUACCUACCCCGGCCACGCCCACCAUUCGAGAUCAUGAUGAACACGGUGAUGGGAUAGCAGAUCUCCACCAUCGGUCGUCACGCACACGUUUAGGCUUUUCCAGACAACCGUCGGAUCGUAGUCUUCGCUCGACAUUAAGCUCGCGCGCCGGGAGUCUCACCUCCGCCUCCAUUCCGACUUGGGCAAGACUUUACUAUGGGAGUGGGGAGAGACGUUGGCUGGCGCCAAUGUCUGCGAGGUCUUUGUCCGAAGCUGGCGACAGUCGGCCACCGAGUUCCUGGAUUCCCAGCCGGUCUCCAUCUCAAGAACAGAACAUUUACAAUCCUCGUCGCCGACCGAGAGAAGUAGACACUGGGGACGGACGGCCGGAUUCGAUGGAGAUCGCGCCGGUUGUCGAGAAUGAGGUUCAUGUCGGUCCCAAAAAGAAAACAUCGAGCAUCUGGUCUCCUCAUCUUCGUCUAGAUCGGCGAGCUACGGACCCUAGCGUGUGGAAUGCGCCUUCUACUACCUGGUCCGCCGAAAGUAGCAUGUUUGGGAGGCGUAAUAUCCAAGUAGUUUUAUUCGUAGUAGGAUUUGCGAUUCCCUUUGCAUGGAUGGCUGCAGCAUUUCUUCCGUUACCUCCCAGGGGAGUUUACCCGAUAGACGAGCGGGACCAGAGUACGACAGGGUUCCGUCUGUCGGACGAGCCGGACCCUUUCCAUCAACGGAUCGCCCCCGUCGACGAGACUCGAUACCACAACGCUCGGUGGUGGAGGAACCUGAACCGCUUCAUGUCUAUCGUCGGUCUGUUGAUCCUUGGCGUGGUAGCUGCUCUCGUGGUAGUAGGUGUCCGGCAAGGAUGGGGCCGACGAUAG